AUGGCUACAACUGUGAAUUCGACCCUCAGACUCGCCAGUGGCUAUGAGAUUCCUCGUCUGGGAUUUGGUGUCUACAAGACUCCGCCCGAAGAAACCGAGCGAUGCUGCCGGGAGGCUCUAGAAGCUGGCUAUCGCCAUAUCGAUUCGGCCGCGGCUUACAAGAACGAGGCGGGAUGUGGCAGCGCCAUCCAUGCCUCGGGGAUUCCCCGCGAUCAAAUCUUCUUCACCUCCAAGGUCAUCAAUAUCAGCUAUGAUGAAGCUCGGGCCACGGUCGACACGAGUCUUGCUCUGACAAAACUCGAGUACAUCGACCUCAUGCUUCUCCACAAGCCCAUGGGUGGCUCUGAGAACCGAAAGGGAGCUUGGAAAGCGCUGGUCGAAGCCGUCGAAGCCGGUAAAGUGCGGUCCAUCGGUGUCAGUAAUUAUGGUGUGCACCAUCUUGAGGAACUCCAGCAGCAUAUCCGCGAGCUGGAGGCGGAACGCGGCGGAAAAGGCAGAGGAGGUAUCCUCAGCGUCAAUCAAGUCGAGCUUCAUCCCUGGCUGGCUCGCAAAGAUAUUGUGGAGUGGUGCACCUCCAAAGGUGUUGCCCUGCAGGCGUACUCGCCCAUUGUGCGAGGUGCCCGGUUUGAAGAGCCAUCGCUGCAGAGGCUUGCCAAAAAGUAUAACAAGACCCCGGCUCAGAUUCUCAUUCGUUGGAGUCUGGACAAGGGCUUCAUCCCGCUGCCUAAGAGUGUGACACCGGAACGGAUCGUGGCCAAUGCCGACGUCUUCGAUUUCAAGUUGUCUCCUGAAGAGCUCCGGGACUUGGAGACCGAGGAAUAUAGCCCGUGUGCCUGGGAUCCUACGGUGAGGAAGCUUGACGAAUGA